AUGAACUUUGAUUUCUCAUUGCAACCAAACGAGGCAGGAACAAAUUCGAAUGCGGUAACUCAAGUACCUACUAACGGUGCAUCUCAGCACCAAUCGCCUCAGCCUUUCGGAAUUAUUGUUCCUGGAUACGCAGUUCGAACAAAUUUCGUCCCGGUCGACUCCAGCGGCAUGAAGUUCGGCCUUACUUUGACGUGUCCGGGUGAUAUUGCGACGCCAUUGGCAUCUGUACACGAACUGGUUUUUUUCACGCUCCCAAACAUUCCAUUCCCCCCGAACUACGGAGUACUUUGCUACUGGCAGAUAACUGCUGCAGUUUCUCAGACGCCAGAUUUACCCCCUCCGUCAACAGGUUUUGAGCUUUUGGGCUCCAUUCGGCCGGAUCGUCCGUCAAGCGUAUUCCACACUGGCUGGAGUGAGCAUGAGCAAUUGCUGGAAGUGGCCCAGAACAACACUCCCGUGACAUUGACUAUUGGGGUAUCUCUGGAACCUUUGGAAAAUUUGCAAAACAUUGCGGGAAGUUCCGUGAGUGCGAGCAAACUCUUUGUUGCGCAAAAGAUUGCCUCGGACCUUUUCAACUUUAUGCAAAGCUUCGACACUGGUACUGGAGGUGCUGGUCAAAUGGUGGUGCCCAACAAUAUUUUUGAAAGGUGGUUCAAGCGAUUUGAAGCCCGUUUUCAACGAGACCCCAAUUUUUUCUUAAAAAGUGAGGAUUGA